AUGGCCGUCAAAAGCAACUCAACAGAUCUCGUCGACGAGAAGAUCAAAGACAGGCAGUACAUUGACACUGUUCACAAUCAACCCGAUCAUAGCUAUAUCUCGCCGGAGGAUAUCCAGGGACGUUCCCCCUUGCUACGCGGUCUCAGCAAGGAGCAAAUAGACACACUUAAUAAGCGCGUACUCAGAAAGAUUGUCUGGCGCCUGUUACCGAUUGUUAAUCUAAUGUACUUAAUGAAUUACCUUGACCGAAUGUAUGUCUCCAACGCCCGCCUUUCCGGGUUCCAGAGUGAUCUCAACAUGUCUGAUACCACAUGGAAUGCCGGAAUAUCGACAUUCUACAUUGGCUACAGCCUAUUUAUAAGAACCUUUUAA